UCUUCCAGCAUGGCUGCCAACUCUGAAACCUGGAAAGCCUACGUUACAGUUUACACGCUCACUGUGCUAAUCGGCUUUCCCACCAACCUGUUGGCUCUGUAUGCUUUCAUCCAGAAGAUCAGAGUCAAGACCACGCCCAACUGCAUCCUCCUCCUCAACCUGACCAUUUCCGAUCUCUGCUUCCUGGUUUUCCUCCUCUUCAAGAUGGCGGAGCAGAUCGCAGGCCGCUGGGCCCUCCCCUUUUACCUGUGCCCCUUUAGUGGCCUUGUCUACUACAGCACCAUUUACACCAGCACACUCUUCCUCACUGCGGUAAGCGUGGAGCGCUACUUGGCUGUAGCUUACCCCAUCCAUUACAAGCUGAAGCGUCAUGCAGUCUACGCCCUCAUUGCCAGCCUGAGUAUUUGGAUCUGCUCUUUUGGCCACUGCAGCAUUGUGUAUAUCACGGAGUACAACCGGGACAACUAUUCCUAUCACAGUAACGUCUGUUAUGACAAUUUCACGGAGAAGCAACUCCAGGUCCUGCUCCCUGUUCGCCUGGAGCUCAGCAUUGCACUUUUUCUGGUGCCGUUCCUCAUCACCUGCUUCUGCUAUUUUGGCUUUAUAAGAAUAGUGGUCUCUUCGCCGCACAUUUGCAGGAGCAAAAAGCAGCGAGCCGUGGCGUUGGUGGCAGCCACUUUAGCUAUCUUCGCCAUCUGUUUUACACCUUACAACAUCUCCCAUGUGGUGGGUUUUAUUCAGGGGAAAAGUCCCGAGUGGCGGAUCGAAGUCUUGCUUCUCAGCACUUUCAAUGCCUGCUUGGAUCCCAUCAUCUUUUAUUUUUCUUCUUCCGCCGUGAAGCGUUCAUGCUGUAGCUUCUGGACCAGAAUAAAACACAUUUGCAUUUGGCCUCCUUUGCUCCAUAAGCUCUUCAACAGAGGGACUGAGAUAGUGGGCCCUCAGGAUCAGAUGUCCUCCACCCGGCUAUGA